AUGCCCAGCGAUGCGCUGCCGCCACUUGGCCAGGCGCACAUCCGGCACUGCGUGGACCCGUGCCUGGCCUCCUUGUCGCCCGACUCCGAGCCGUCCUUUUAUGCCUGCCACAUCGACCGCUACGCGGCCAUGGCACUGCAGCCCAUCACGCUACACCGGCUGCUGCAUACUGGCACACCACCACUGACACGCGAGCGGCUUCUGGCCAACGCGCAGUAUCUCCACAAAGAGCGGCCAGUGCGCUACGCCAAGCAUGUCAAACUCUUCCAGCAGCUCCCGUUCAUCGUCAAUCUCAACCCAAACCUGCAUGCCCUGUACACGGCCUACUACGCGCACUUUGAAGAACUGCGGCAGCAGCCCGAGGUGCGCACAGAAGAGGAUCAGAAUGCGUUCGUUGCCAUGCUGGUGCGGCAAUCCGACGCGCUGUGCGAUAUUAUGCCGGGCGUUGCACGCGGCUUCCAUGAGUGCCGCGCGUAUCUCGGCGCCGCCGCCCGCGGCCGCUUCCUCAAUGAGCUGAUCCACACGCGCAUUGCACUGCGCCUACUGACCGACCAGCACAUCGCGCUGCACCGCCAGCUCACCGCUGCACAGCAGCAGCAGCAGCAAGGCAGCGGCGUUGCAGGGGCCGCAGACCAGCGCCUCCAGGGCAUCAUUGACACGCGGCUGUCACUGGCCGACGCCGUCCGCGCGAGCGCUCAGGAAGUCCAGGCAGCCUGCGAGCUGACGUACGGCGACGCGCCUGCGUUCACCGUUGACGACCACACCGGGGCAUGCUUCUGCUACGUUGCGCCGCACCUCGACUAUGUUUUGACCGAGAUACUGAAGAACGCGUUCCGCGCUUCCGUGCAGAGCGGCCAUGUUGCACACCCGGUUGAGAUCACCGUGGCGCAGGGUGCCGGCCGCGUGGCCGUGCGCGUACGCGACUCCGGCGGCGGAAUUCCACGCAAGAUCCGCAAACGCGUCUUCGACUACGCGUUCACCACUGCAGCCGAUCAGGCCGACGUUGGCGUCCCGCCGACAGACGCGGCCUUCAGCAACAUUGCGCGCGAGCAGGCGCCCAUCGCCGGGCUGGGCUUCGGGUUGCCGAUGGCGCGCGUGUAUGCCGAGUUCUUCGGCGGGUCUCUUCACGUAAUCUCGAUCGAGGGCCGCGGCUGCGACGCGUUCCUGGAGCUGCCGUCUAUUGAACAGUCAAAGACGCGCAAAAUCUAA